AAAAAAUUGAAAUUUCAUUGUUUACAUUAAUUUGUCAAAAAAAAAACAAGUACUUUUUAUCAACAAAAGAAUGAAUGGUUUUCGUUGUUGCUUAAUUAAUAUUUACUAAAUAGAACUUUGUGUCACGCAACUCUUAACUUUUAAAAAAUGUCCUGAUUAAAAUCGACAGAAAUAAAACAAAAUUCUUUGUCUAGGGGUCAAAAAAAAAUGACUCCCGAUGAAGUCCGUAUACGGGAAGGGCUCUCUAGUUAUCAGAGCCAAACCAAUCAGACAACUCUAGAUAUGUCUCAUUCCCACAGCAUAAACACCAUACCUUCAGUAAGAGAUUAUAUUAUAUCUGAAGACCUGUUACAAGGGCAGCGCCUGCAUGGCAGAAUGUCCAAUGUUAGAAGGUUCUUUUGCUUGUUUGUUACAUUUGACUUUUUGUUUAUAUCACUCAUGUGGCUGAUUUGUGUGAUGUUGGAUGGAAAAUACAUAAUAGACGCUUUAAAAGCCCAAAUACUCCACUACAAUAUCCACACCUCUCUGUUUGAUAUAGUAGCUGUGGCCUUUAGCAGGUUUUUCGUACUGAUAUUAUUUUAUGGCAUUUGUUAUAUAAACCACUGGAUUAUUAUCUCUUUAUCUACUGCGUUAAGCUGUGCUUUUUUAAUUGUUAAGGUAUUUAUGUUUGAUUGGCCGAAAUCAACUCAACCUAUCUUCGAAGUGCUUCUUAUCCUGGUGUCUUUUAUUCUGUCAUGGGGCGAGGCCUGGUUCUUGGACUUUCGGGUUAUUCCGCAAGAAACUAAUGCAGAUAGGUACCUCAUAACAAAUGCCGAAGCCGAGAGGGCUCCGCUGAUCCGAAGCUAUGUCCAAGGAUUGCCCUCGAUGUACACCGAGAGUGUGGGCAAUUUUUAUUCGCCGAUGGCAACACCCGAGGGAUCUCACAGAAGUGUAAUGGUUCGAGAUCUGGAUGAACUUGUCAUAGAAGCCGCUGUAUUGACACAAGAACAGGAAGAUCAGUACAGACUAUUGGGAGCGCAAACCCUGCAGUCUGCCUGGGAUUUGUACCAAAAAAACGACUGGAAAUUGGAGAAAAAACGAGAUGUCGACUGCGUUUAUUCCAGAAAAGAUCCGAAAGCUGGCACCGUAUUUAAAUUAGAAGUUAUAAUCUCCGCCUCACCUAGAUACCUGUUUGACGAGCUUUACUUCAGGGUGGACAACUUAGCGAAAUGGAAUACUUCGGUGAAAGAUUCCUACAAAGUGCAAACAGUAGAUGAAUACACCGACAUAACGUAUCAAAUCUCCGAGGAUGCCGCCGGCGGGUUGGUCAGUAGCAGAGAUUUCGUUAAUUUAAGACAUUGGGCGCUCAUCGAGGAUACUUAUGUCAUGUGUUGUGUGAAAUGUGACCAUCCAAAGCUGCCUCCGGGAAAUAAAUAUGUCAGGGCUGAGAACGGCAUAGGAGGUUACGUAAUAGAAUCCAUACCGGACGGCCCUGAUAAAUGCCGUUUCAUAUGGAUGGUCAACCCUAACUUGAACAUAAAAGUACCGAAAUUUAUCCUCGACAGGGAAUUGGUGAACAUGAUGUUCGUAUUCGCGAAGGAUCUAAGAGACCACCUUAAAAAAGAGGAAACCAGGUGAAAGGACUGAUUUAGUAUUAUAACGAUAAUAAUCGAUAACCUAUUUAGGUAAUUUAGUUUUAAGAAUUAAAUUUUUAUUUUAUAAUGUUA